CGCGCAUUUUAUAGUGUAAAAUAUGCCAUUUUUCGCAGUCCCAAAAAUAAUUAUUAAUUACUUUUUUAUUCCCUCUAUAUAUUUAUUCUCUACAGCACCUCAUCCUCACCAAGCAGUAUCAAAACAACAACACUUUCUGACAAGUUUAUCCUUUAAAAAGCUUCCAUCUCCCCCCUUUGUUUUUUCUUUUAUUUUUAUUUUUUACACUACAAGCCUUUUUCAAUUAUUAUUAUAUUUUUUCAACUUUUCAACAAUGGUCAAGAUUUUCGUCAUCACCUACUCAACCUACGGUCACAUCAACAAGGUCGCCGAGUCCAUCGUUAAGGGACUCCAGAAGACCGGUGUCGAGGUUGGUCGCUACCAGAUCGCCGAGACACUGUCCGAGGAUAUUCUGACCAAAAUGCAUGCACCCCCGAAGCCCGACCUUCCCACGAUUGUUGCCAGCCAGCUUCCUGAAGCCGACGGCUACCUGUUCGGUUUCCCGACCAGAUACGGCACGGCACCCGCCCAGGUCAAGGCCUUCUUUGACUCCACCGGGCAGCUCUGGGCCAAGCAGGCUCUUCUGGGCAAGCCCGCCGGAUUCUUCUUCAGCACUGCUUCGCAACACGGUGGCCAAGAAGUCACAGUAUUUACCUCCUUGCCUAUUCUUGCCCACCACGGUAUGAUUUUCGUGCCCUUCGGUUACGCUCACCCUUACUUGUUUGAUAACAGCGAGGUUAUUGGUGGUUCUGCUUGGGGUGCUGGUACUAUUGCUGAUGGUGAUGGUUCGCGUCAGCCCUCGGAGAAGGAACUCGCUAUUGCUGAGGCUCAGGGUGAGAGCUUCGCUAAGGUUGCUACUAAGCUUGCUGCUGCUUAAAUCUUUAGCUAUUCAUUUUUUCUGUAUACUGAUACUUUUUUGUUGUUGUUUUAAAAUUUGACUGUUUUAUCCAAAUAAUAAAAGGUUUGAAAUUCAA